CAUAGGCCUAGUUAAGGAUAAGUUAUUAGCCUAUUAGUUUAUUUAUUAAUAACUCAUUAGUUUUGCGAAUAAUGCAUGAUAUUUCCAGACGGUGCAAUGCCAUUUAUUACGCAAAUGCUGGAUUUAGUCUUUCAGUAAAAGUUUAAGUUUCCAAAUACUCUGCUUUAAGCAUCUCAAAGUCAGGCCACAGGAAUGCCGAUGCCGCUAGCAAUGAUAUCCGAAAUUACACCCCAGCGCCACUCAAACCACCGUCCACUAGAGCAUAAAUGCAGAGCACCAGCAUGAGGGACUCUGCGCGGCACAUGGGGCAUCGGGGAGGAUUUUUGGGAGCUUCUCAGUGUAUCGCUCUCUUUUUUCCCCACUCCUGCCCAGUAACAGUAUCCAUAAUAGAGAGCUCAUAAAGGAACGAUGUAGAGACCCUAGAAGACUGUCACUUAACGAGAAGACACCGGUGCUACAACGAAGCCGACCGUCAAAAAACAUGUUUGACUCUAUGGCACAACAAGACGAAUCGAACUACGUGGACCUAUAUGGUCCGACCGACAUUAAAGCAGACGGCGCAAAAACUGUUAAAGUAACUUUUACCGGUGAAGGAAACCAGCUGGCUAUAUUCAAGCGCAGCAGUAACUCACAUUCAACUUCAGAAGAUCAAAGCCCAGGCGAUCGCGAACCGAACGACGAUGUUGCCGAUCUCCCCGCUGCAAACUGCGGAUUUAUCAAUGAAAAAGACGUGGGGGGCAACAGAGCAAAUGAGAUCUUAAGAGAUACUACGGGCGCGUUCGAAGCUUCCUCUUCACGUGAAAUCCCCGACAAAAGUUACAGGGACUGCCUCGAAUUAUCCACUGGAAACAGAGACGCGGUUCCAGGAUCCCAACUCGUACCCCGAAAGUUCAAUCCAGAAACGGGAUCUAUUAAUAAGGAAGCGCUGCAGUACAGUGACAUGUAUAUAAGCAGAAAAGGUGACCCGGUGGAGGGUGUUGGCGUCGUGUUGUCCUAUCACCGCAUGCCCAGCGCUACGGACGACGAAUCUCAUUACAUUACAACGCAUGAAAUUCAGCUCUCCGAGCUAGAUCAUGAUGCAGAUUAUGACUUCGAAACAGGAUCCUGUUGGGACAUUGAAGACAAUAAUCUGGCGUGCUCGUUUAUUGAUUAUGCUUCGUUUGACAGUGAAGAAAAGCUAGGUGCAGGACAGGAGAGGAGCCGAGAGCGAGUGAAAAGCAAUCAGGUCCAUGCUAAUAAUACGGACAGGCGCGCUACUGGCGGAGCAGCGGUCAGCACUAAGCCUGAAAACGAUCUAUGUGAUAUGAACAAAUGCGUCAGCUCGGAUGAAAGUCUGUCAAAGAACCAAAACGGCAGCGGUAACUGUGCGGGGCAGAUUCACUUGUCAAUCAAGGCGACUUCCAGAACUAUAAAUGAGCCUAGCGGUGUCCAAGAAAAGGAAAACAUUCGGUGUUAUGCCAAGCACCAGGGGGAUAUGAGUCGCCAUGUCUUUAGAAGAGCUGAUAAAAAGGCAGAGAAAAUCUGUGAUAGUGCAAAAUGUUUCAUUGCGGCCCCCGGACGCUUGCACUUUGGUACCAAAAUAAAAGGGAAAGACAUAAACGAGUAUUCGAGUGGCGCGUCUAGCGCGGUUAGUGAAUUGGAUGAUGCUGAUAAAGAAGUGCGCAACUUAACAGCCAGAGCCUUCAGAAGUUUAGCAUGUCCGUAUUUCGAUGCCAUCAAUUUCAGUACCUCCAGCGAGUCCUCCGCCUCGGAGCACGGGCUGGGAAUUAACAGGUGGUCCGCAUUUGUUGACCUCAAAUAUGACAUGACACGCGCACGAGAGAAAAAUUUAGUCGCCCAUAAAAGUGCCACAUCAACGUUUGAGAUCGAUAAGAAUGCUGGAAAGGCGAUUAAGGGGCUGCCUUUAGCCAACAUAAAAGCGCCACAGACUAAAAUAUUUGAUUUGAAUGGUAAUCUGUCAGACCCCAAAAACGCAUCAUCUUCCACCAAGAAGAUGGAAGUAAUGGGGACGUUUGGGAAAGGACGGAGAGGGGUUAUAACACUAACGGAAACGUUAAAUUUUCGUUGCAAUGUGCAAGCAGGGGUCCCCGGAGGCGAAAGACGUGCAAAAUUCGCUCAAAAUGCAACAGGAUCACGUUCCGGAGAUGAAGUUACCUGCGUCUUGCCAAGCAGGCGGGGGGGUGAAGCCAGCAGGCAGCCCUGUAACGAAGGGGUGAGCAUGGAAGGCGCACACAAGAAAGCCAUAUUCGCGACGAGCCUUCUCAAAAAUGUCAUUUCUAAGAAAAUGCAGUUUGAGCAGGAGCGCAAGAUGGAAAGGGGGGAGAUAUGCGAACCCUCUCCGGCGCUCUCCCCUUGCUUUUUUUUCAAAGAUCACGAAAUGCACAAGGAAAAACGAGCGGAUGGCGCGAGAUCCUUGCAAAGGCAGACCUCGAAAUUUUCGGAGGCGGGUUCGGAUCUCACGGUUGUGUGUUUGGACGAACUGGCGGACUUGGGGGACAACAAUUCGUGCGAUCCCAAGGACGACAGUCAGAGAGAAGACACUUUGACUCUUGCAUCAGGAACUAAUUUAGAGCCCACAAAUGAAGCUGGAUUCAAUACUAAAAAAGGAGCAUUCGAAGCCUCCAAAAGCACGUUGCUUCGUAGCCAGAAUAGCGCAUUCAGAUCCUGGAAGGACGGUGAGCAACACUUUGAAAAGGAACAUAAAAACGAUAAAACUCCAGCGGGAAGACCGCACUCGUCAACCGGCAAACUGGGGAAAACAGACGUAGAGAUCGAAGUGGGCGGCAGCAGGUUGACUAAAAUGUCGCAUUUGUUUGUACCGAGUAUACAUGUUAUGUCCGAGGAGAGGGGGACCGGGACACAGCUGCCGAAUAUGAAAUAUUCAACCCGCACAGCCGCGCAUCAGACAGAAGAAGACAAAGUGCGCUCGGACAACACUCUAUACGUGGCGGACACGGCGAGGAGUGUCGUCACAUCGAAGUCUCCAGAAAUCAAAAUAAGUUUACGGAGCGUGAAAGACAGCAAAGGCAAUCCGUUUAACAUUGCUAAGCUGCUAACUCCCAAUAUAGGCUGCAAUGCCACCGGCUUGAUAAAGACAGCUGAUGACUCCAAAUGCCAAGCGGUGUCAUUAAAGGGAGACGCGGCGGAAAAAGUGCCGCACUUCAUGGUCCGAGACAUCCGAGAUAACAAGAGCAAGCUGCAAACACCAAUUCACCAGGUCAGAGACGUGCGGAAAUUGGUUAAAAGCUCGUAUCACUUUGUUUCUUCAGAUGCGAACGAGAGCAAAACUGCCGCUGCCUCAGACGUCCUCGCGGAGCACAACCUUCACAAACCUGGGCCUUCCAGAAACCCGUCGUCGGUUUCACCGAUAGUUAUUAAAUGUCAGUCCGUGAAUACAAAUAGCAAUGUGAAACGAUCUGGAAAUCUAAUAGAGGUGGCCAAACGCAGACCGGCCGAUAUUACGACGGAGUGGGAAAGGUUGUCCCCUCAAGCGCAGACAGAGGGCGCUGACAGUGUCCCCAUACUUGUAAAUCCAUCAACAAGCAGGGCUGCCUUGGUUACGGCUAAGUUGCUGAACGGUGACCCCUCGGAACCGCCCGUCGAGGGGCAAACUGAAAUUGUAAGUUCCAAAAGGAAACAGGAUAAGGCUACUGAUACAAUUGAGAAGAAACCAGAAUCCAAAAUGGCCAACCAGGUUGCCUUUGAGAAACUACAGGCUGCCGUGAAAACGAUGGAGCAACUCUAUGUCUUUGACCGGAACGAAUGGAAGCGCAAGAGUGAGCCCCAGCCAAUCACGGAUAGUCAUGUGCUCUCCCUCAUUGCCAGCGAGGAGCAUGGGAUUCUGGGUAAAACAGAGCCAGAGGAGGAGGAUGCAGGGAACAUGAGCUACACAGAAGCUGAUGUCCACACCAAGCACUUAAAGAGAAGUGAUUCUUACUCAGACAUGGAGAGAUCCCUGGCAAGCAUGUCGACCACGGCACUGCCCCGAGAGGACAGAGAGCAGAUGAAAAUGCUCCACGUUCCCUUUAGCUGGGAGGAGAAAGAUGCACCCAGAUCACAAUCUCUACACAGUGGAGCACUUGGUAGUAAAAGUGCCUUCACCUUCACGCACAGCCAAAAGGCAGCUGCAAGUGGAGGUAGCACUCGGGGGUCUCAGGUGUGCGCCUCUUCACAAACACCUUUCAGCUCUAAAACAUUUGCUCCGAAAGCUGCCAAGGAAACCGCGUCCUUAAAGAUAUCUCACCGUAAGGCCUCAGUGGAGGAGAGGGAGAAGAUAAAUAACGAUGAGGCAGAGAAUUCUGUACUAGCCAACAUGUCCGCUGUAUCUAACUCGGAGAACUACCUGACCAUACCAGUCAAGUCCCACGCUGGCAACGACAAGCCAGCGGCCGCGAUGGUGCGAGAGCAAGCCGUGUAUACCUUCACGGCGGCUAGGGGGCAGGAGCGGCCCAGCAGUCCCAGCAGGCAGGGCGAGAGUCUGAGCAAGGCCAGCAGACGCAGCAGCAGUAGCCAAUCGCCAAAGAGGUCAACAGUGGUCAUGGAGACCCGUUCGGCAGACACACCCACCGCUACCAUUUACCAUCACUCUAUACCCAUGGCACAGCCCCAGGUGAUCUGUUUCUCGUCCGCGCCGGUUCCGCCCACUCCCAGUGACCCGUUCCAGCCAAUGCAGCGGAAAAUGCUGCUGGACCCCACCACGGGGCACUACUAUCUGGUGGACACGCCCAUCCAGCCGGCCACCAGGAGACUGUUUGACCCAGAGACGGGGCAGUACGUGGAUGUGCCCAUACCGCAGCCACCAGUGGCGCCACUGCCCAUGCCCAUGCCCCCUCUGGCACUCAACCCAGCCACCUACGGCCCCGCCUACAUGAUCUACCCCAGCUUCCUGCCAGGCCCACCCAUCAUGCCUGCUCGGCCUCCGCCCACAAUCUCUGUGUGCGCCGAAUCAGAGUAUGUCGAUGGGGCCCCUACUAAGAGCCCGCAGGGAGAUGUUGCCUACCUGGAGGGGCCGUAUUUUAGCCCCACAGGGAAGGCCCUGCAGUCCCAGCAUGUCACCACUAGGGGCACCAAAGGGGUCACGAAUAGUAAGCCCAUCAUCAGCAUCACCUCACAACAAGGGCCUAGGAUCAUCGCCCCUCCUUCUUUUGAUGGAACCACCAUGAGCUUUGUAGUGGAGCACAGGUAAAAGUGUGAGACACCUGACAUAGUCAACUUAUGAAGAGUGUGAUGUCUCAGGCUUUGGAUCUGUUCUCUGCCAAUUCCACCGUGGGUGCAGUCAGCUUCCCGUGCUCCUCCACGCCCCCAGCAUUACAUGUGUUACCCUCCCCCCCUCCACCCCCAAACCAAAGUUCCUUAUUUUGUUCUUUUUCACUGCUGUGCGUUUCUUCACUGUGCGUCUUUACAGAAGCUUUUCUGUGAUUCACAGAUCUUUGCCUCGGAUUCCAGAUUUAUAGACGUCCCGUAUCUGUCAAGUUUUUAUUGAAAUAUUUUUGUGGAUUUUCCCGCCCCCCCAAGUAACCCCCUCUGCUUAGGCAACUCUUCAGACUUUUCAGCCUAAAAUCAUGGCACUCAUGACACAAUCAGAGGGCAUCCUGGAUCCUGGAACGGUUUAACAGCUGUCAGAAAAACCAGGCCACAUGUGGUGUACACCUGCGCUUUUCCUAAGCAUCUGCGACACCCUUUACAUGUUCCAGUUCAUCCUGUGACCCCAUGUGACACACGGUCAAAGGCUACUGGAGAGGACCUGAACAAAUGUGUGUGUGUGUGUGUGUGUGUGUGUGUGUGUGUGUUUACACGUGUCCAUGGUGACGCCAUUCUCCUCGACUUCUAAUUGUUAUGCAGAAUGAUGGGAUGCCUUCCAAACAGACAAAAAAUUUUUUUUGACUAUAUCCAGAGAGGAGACAUUUAACUGCACUGAAUCCAAGCUCAAUAGCUGCCAUUUUCUGGGGUUCUUCUGUACCUUAGUCAGCAGUAUUACCCAGCAGAGGAAAUUUUAACACAGGAAAACAUCAUUGUACUGAUUAUUUGGAAAUAAUUCAGUUUAGCGCCAAGUUACAUGUCUGAUUGUCCAAUAUACUCUAGAAAACCAAGCUGGAAGUCUGGUCAGACGUGUCAACACAAAGCUCGUUAAGCCUGAUUUGAUUCUGCUGUACUUUAUACAGUUUAUAAAGGUUCCUGCAGAUUUAAAAGAAGGGAUCUUCUGGAAUCCAUCUUACGUUUGAGUUUGCUGUUCAUUUUUAAUUUCGUUACUCUGACUAUAGUUAUCAGGGCUGUGAUGCUGCUGGUCAGCGCUUCUGUACGAAUACAUUUUGUUGAAGUUUCUUGUGUAAAAAAACAUUGUAAGAUAAGGUGCCUUGUAAAAGCGCAUGCCUGGUGAGCGUAUUCCCAGGUUGGACUGUGAGUGUUCCACUUGAAACGUCAUGUUGUUACUACCAACAUUUUUUUGCAUAUUUUUAACUGUCUACAAAGCAUCGCUUGUGUGAAAGGAAAAGGCAAACAUUUAUGUAAAAAUAAUUAUAACUGUUUACGAUAGGUCCUUUUUGAAGAAUUCAUACUUCAUAGUCUAGACAUGUUGCGUAGGUGUAUGUGUUGUUUUUAUAUUUGCCUUUUUUUUCCUUCCAACAGUCCUAAUUUAGUGUGAAUUACUUCAAAAAAGGGACAGCACAUGCACUCAUUGUAUUAGGCGGGAGUUAAUUCAGCAUCAAACUCUGAUGUUAAACUUUGUUAGAUCGUUUUCUCUUGCUUUUGAGACAGAGAUAUGUAAUGUGGAGUUACUGAGUAUUAAAUUCAACCUAAAGGCAAAAAACAAGUCAAAAAAAGCUAACUUAAAACUGAUGAUCUUACAUGGUCUGUGUGGGAUACCCUAUGACAUGGUAGUCACCAUAUUACUUAUAUAAUAUGCAAUGUACAUGUGGGGCAAGCUUCAGUGUGUUUAGAUACAGAUAUUCUAAUGCACUACAGGCUUUUAGUGGGCGUUCAGUUGAUUUUGUCUAAGGUGGAUCAACACAUAUACAUCACAGGUUUACAAACGUGGUACACUGCAAAAACCAAAACGCUAUGCUAUGUAAUGCUGCAGGUUUUGCGUGCUGCUGCCCUACAGGCAAUGAAAGUGCACAUCUAUACUUAUUUGGUGUGUGUGUGUGUUUUUAAGGCUAAUGUAAUGUUUGGGUGUGUAAGUAUCCAUGUGAUGGGAGAACAAGGAACGUGGAGAUGGCCAGAAGAAUGUGUGAACGUGGAGGAGGCAGGCAGGGCUUAAUAUAUGCCCCACGGCCUCAAGGGAAGAAAGGACUGGACAGCGUUCAGGACAGAUCACAGGGCAAGGAGGCACAUGCAGCCAAUGGACUACUGAGAAUGUGUGGGUUUGGACUGGGAAUCUGUGGGUUUGCUACUGGGAAUGAAUGUGUUCUGCCAGCAGAUGUACAUUAUGAGAGUUGAUGAAUAAAUGUCAUGUACUUUUCCAGUAA